ACGAUUUUUAAACUGAGCGAGUCUGGAUCACUCCGGAAACACAACGAGACUUCACGAAGGCCAUGGAUAAAAUUCAUGGAGAUUAAUUCAACUCGCGGCCUACUCUGUUAUUCUUGAACGUUUAUAGUUCGUAUGCCCGUUUAAGACGUAAUUUAAAUCAAGAAAAUGAGACUUCGCUCAAGAAAUAUUUUGAAUGAAAACCCAACGACACCGUCCCGCCGCCGUCGGGCCACUCCAGACCUACCAGGACCACAGACUCCGUGCAUCCAGACACAGGAUGAGAAUGAUGUAGAGGUCCUUCUAGACCCUGAUAGUGUCCCAACAGCAGCUAAACGUCCACGCCUGAAACGUGGAUUGAGAAAAGCUUUAUCAACUGAUGACUGUAGAGAGUCUGAUUUUAAGACACCAGUUCGUCAUCUGCGGGAAAGACAGUCCUCACUGAAUCCUGCUGCGCGAAGCCUUUAUUCUCCAGCGGUGCAUUUCCUCACGCCCCCAAAAGACAAUGAACAGCCAAACUCUGGUGCGCUUUUCAGUCCUGAACAGCGUGUGUUUGGCUACAGUGCCAUGAGCCCUCUCUCAGAGGAUGAAGAGAACGAGGAAGUCUUUAGCCCUUUCACGUUUAUUAAGAACAUACCAAACCGUUCGCAACAGUCCAGACCAAUUUCAGCAACUCGGGACAUUCCACCAAAGACAAGGAGCACACCUGCUGCUACCCUCGUGCUCGAUUUGGACGAAACCCUCGUGUUCAGUUCCCUAAGUGUGAUUCAGGAUGCCGAAUACACAUUUAAUACUCCCUUUCAAGAUCAUAAAUACAAGGUCUACCUGAUCCUCAGACCAUACGUGAAAGAGUUUCUGCAAGCCAUGACCAAACAUUUUGAGAUGAUUGUUUAUACCUCUGCCAAGAAGGAAUAUGCAGAAAAGAUUGUAGACAUAUUGGACCCUAACAAAAAGCUCUUUAGACAUCGUUUGUAUCAGGACGACUGUGCUUGUGUACUUGGACACUAUAUUAAAGACUUGAAUGCACUAGAGAGAGACCUGUCAAAGACUGUCAUCCUGGACAACGCCCCUCACACCUUUCCCUACCACCUGAUGAACAUGAUUCCUAUAAAGAGCUGGAAUGGAGACAGAGAGGACCGCGAAUUGCAAAAACUCAUCCCGUACAUGGAGAAACUAGUGCAGGCGGAUGACUUCAGAAAUGUUCUGAAAAAGAGAACCGACCACUUUCACAGGCUGCUUACUGAAGACUGAAUCCCAAAUAAUUGAAUAUAAGCGCACAUAAAGCUAUUAAGUUUUGAUUUUUGCAACUUAAUAGGCCUAUAUGCCAGAUGCAAAGUGUUUAUUUGAUAGCGAAUUAUAUUAACAUUUUACUUUUAGUCAGCAGGAUCAGCUGGCGUUCUGACUCGCUGUAAAGAUUAGGGCUUGAAACUUUAAUUUAUUGUUAAAACUUGAGAAAUUUGUACAGAUUUGUGGCUUUUGAAAAAGAUUUGUUUUUGCUUUACACACUGUAAACAGUGUUGAUGUGUUUGUGUUGUAUGCCAACGGCUAUUUUUGAGGGCUGAUUUUAAAUAACCAAUAAAGUAAGAAAAACACUCAUUUUUUCUUAAAGAAAAGUAUGUCUUUUUUUGCAAAUCACUCGGUGUAUUUAAUAUUGUUUGUGCUAUGAACAAGAAUAAAACUUCAAAUUGUG